AUGGCCGACCAUGAACCAGUCGUCGCCUCGGCCGUCGUCGUGCCAGAGAGCUCCGAGCCGGCCUCGCCGCGCGAGAACCCGCAGAAACGCAGGCAAUCCUCCGUCUCCGAAGCCGGUAGCAAGCGCCCUCGCCUGAGCAUAGACGACACCAACAGUGACUCCCAGGACGGCCCGCGCCACCAGAACGACCCGCCCACGGACCGUCGCGCCGACCGUCGCCGGAGCGGUGCCGUUGAGGAACGCAAGCGCGGCCAGCGUCUAUUCGGCGCGCUGCUCGGCACCCUGUCACAGAGCUCUUCGUCCGCAGCCCAGCGCCGCCGUGCUGACAUCGACAAGAAGCAGCAGGAAAAGCUGAAGCUGCAAGCACAAGAAUUUGACCAGCGGAAGAAGCAACGUCUAGAGGAGCUCAUGGUCGUCAGGCGGCGCGAGCAGAAGAAGUUCGACGAGCAAACGAUGCGCAUCCGCCACUCCAACAUGCUCGCCCAGGCGCAUUUCCUCCAGACCAGGACUGAACCCAAGCUGUUUUACAAGCCGUGGGAACUGCGCCAGGAGGAAGAGGAUACUAUCAAGGCCCAAGUUGAAGAAGCAGAAGCCACCGUUGAGCGAGAACUCGCCGGUUUUGAGAAGCAGAAGCAAGCCGAGCAGAAGGAGGAACGGGAGCAGGAGCAGGAGCAAGAGCAGGAGCAGGAGCAGGAUCAGGAGCAGGAUCAGCACGACAGGAACGGAACUCCCGAAAAGAAAGCCGAUGCUGAGGCUCACGAGAAUGGGGACAUGGUGGGUUCAGAGCAAGCCAAUGAACCUCCCAAAUCUCCUCGAGAGCAAGAUAACGCUGCUAUUAGUGAUGACCAGGUCAACCCCGUUUCCCAUCCGGACACGCCGGGGAACGGACACGCGACGAAGGACCACGACGCCAAGGCCAAGGAGCACCACGACGACCACGGAGAGGAGGUGCUCGAAGCAGAGGAGGAUACUGUAAUAUACUAA